UUCAUCUACAUUGUGCGUUAAGUUUUGGCCUUCUGGAUUCUUUCAAACUAGCGGUUUCAUCUUAGUGGAGAGGUAGCCAAUUAUUUAUAACAAUCUCCCACACAGACACCGACACGCAUUGAAAUUUAGAUGGUGAAUCAAGGCAAGAUUUUCCCCUUUAUAGGGGGGUUUCUAAAUCCCCAGGUUCAUCACACUUCCGUUAUUCCGUUUCAUUCCAUACGUUUUGCCGAUUCAUUCCUCUUUGCAUCUGUGGUCGCUCAUAUUAGGUCUCUCUUCAGUUAAAACCCCAAUUUGUUGUUCCUCACGCUGAGGUCACAGAGGACCUCUACAUCUCCUCCCUGGCUCUGCCGUUAGCAUCCGGAUAACUCAAAUGAAGGGCUCGAUGCGCAACUUUAGUUGCAGACCAACCCACGCUGGAGAGGAGCAUUCACGCGGCACCGACCUUACUAUGUAAUUGAGGGUCUAAUCUUCUCUUUCAGUUUUGGGUUUCCUACAGUUUUGCUUUGUAGAUACCGAAUUUGAAGGACUUCCAUUCAUCUGAAUUGCCGCCCAUGCUCGCAUUUUUGGGGAGGACAUGCCUAUUGCAGAUGAAAUAUUUGGUCCUGUGAUGGCACUGAUGAAAUUUAACAUGCAUUGUGACCAAGAGCCUAGACAUAGCAAACACUGUGUCAAGUCGAUUCACGCGGGCAUUAUUUGGAUCAAUUGUUAUUUUGCCUUUGGGAGGGAUUUUGGAAUGGAAGCUCUCUACAAGUACUUGCAAGUUAAAUCUGUUGCACCUUCUGACUCCUUUUCUCACUUAGGCGUUUGUGGAGACCAUUCUUGCUCCAAAUCUGCUACUCAACAUUGUGUUAUUCCGAAAGGCCUGCCAGUUGCAAUGAGGUUAUUAGUCAAAAGUUUUUUGUCCCAUUGGCUUAAGGCAAUGGAAUUUCUCAAGUCCCUUGAGAUGGUGUUCUAUUGAAGGUUGAGAUUUAAUUUCCGGUCCCUGACACAUUGAUUUGAUAUUAUCUGAAAAGGAAGAGCCUUUCAAAAAGGAGCCCAAGACCCAGGUCACAUCCAACAAGAAGAAGCCCCAAACGCGGUGAAUGAAUGUAUUUUAAUAUGAGAUUUCGCUUGGUGAAACUUUUAACUUUUAGUAUAAUUUUGUGUAGAAGCCUCUUAGUAAAAGUGAAGCAGUUGUUGCUUCUAAUGUGCUGGAUAAUAGUUUUGCUUUUGAUCCAACCCUCAAUAAGAUUGCCAAAAAUGAGGAGGGCCUAUAUGGAGAAUCAGAAAAUCCUGCAACUGGGAAUCAACAAAAAGACAUCAUGGGAUCUUUUGACCAAGAUUCACCACCAACCCAGAGAAAACUAAGCUGGAGGAAGCAGUAACACAUGCAGAUACCGCUUUCAAAGUUCACUUGGUAGGUGUUUAUUCUUUUGAAGGGGUUUACUUGAUUAAAUAGUUAAUUGUUAUCACAUCUGAGGGGGGAAUAUACAUGUUUAUGAGAGGAGAAAUAGGAAUGGUGCAAAUUGUAAGAAGAGAAUGGUAGUGGAUGGUGUAACAGAAUGUUAUCAUGGCAGCAAGGUACUGGAGAAGGCAAUUGUGCAAUAAGUAUAGUAGCAAAACAUAAUUCUGGGAGUAAAUUGGUGGCUUAGGAUAAGAGGGGAAUGUGUGUGUGUCAGCUGUGAUGGUUUUCUCUUAUUUCUGCAUUAUUUUUAUUCAGUAAAAAGGAGAGGGAAAACUAUAAAGAUGAGGAGAACGACAAGGGGAAAGAUAAAAAUAGAGAGAAGGAGAGGGAGAUAGAUCGAGAUAAAGAAAGGUCAAGAGAUAAAGUAAGUAGAAAGACCCAUGAGGAAGAUCAUGAAUUGAGUAAUGUUGAUGAUAAAGUUGACUGCCCUGAAAAGAGAGAUGAGGAGGUUAGGUAUGACGGAGUUGUUGCUUUAGCUUGGCUCAUUCAUUUUUUUGCAAUGUGCGAUAUGGUUUUGUUUCUGUGUAAUUAGUAGUAUUUGCUCAAAUUCAGGUGUUGGUUUAGUUGAAUUAUAGGGAUAGGCAUAAGGCAAAGGAAAGAGAGAAAGAGAAGCAUACAGAUAGAGAAAAGGAGACGGAAAGCUAUAGAGAUGGGGAGAAGAGUACCACUUUACCGUACCAUUUUAUGUUAUAAUUCCUUUGCUCUUUUUGAAUGGUUUCUUUUUCUCUUAGGCUUAUACCACAUAGUACUGUUAUGCCAUAACUUAAUUUUAACAAGAAAAUGUAUCUAUCCGCUUAGUCGCUUACAGUCUUUUACUGGAAUUUGAUAUUCAUACGCUUUUUAUUUCUCGAUAUUGAUCUUCUUUUGUUUGUCGACUUAAAUUAUAGAAGUUAGGUUGUUAAAUGGGGCUUUCGUGCAGUGGAAGGACAAAUAAGAAUGCUUUUACUUUGCUCACUACUUUCUAUUUUGAUAUAAUGUUUCAGCUUAUCCCCCUCCUGAGACUUUCUCUAAGGCAUACAAGCUGUGAAAGAAUCUCUCAUUGAGCAUAUCCCCCUCUUGAUUCCCUAAGAUUAGGGAUGGCAAUUUUACCCAAACCCAUGGGUACCCGCCCGAACCCGAUCCGAUUUGACGGACAAAACCCGAAUUGACUGGAUUUGGGUUUGGGUUUGGGUUUUGCCUGUUACUGUAGCAGUUUAUGGGUUUGGGUUUGGUAUUAGUUAAAUCCGUGCCCAAACCCGCCCGAACCCAAAC